AUGGCUCCUCUCACCAGGUCGGCGAGAUCAGCAGCGUCGGGUGCUACCACGCUACGAUCGCAGCCUCCGCCCAAGGAACCGGAAAUCAUCAGCAUUGACGAGGAUGACGAGGGCGACCAGCUCAUGGAAGAUGAGGAAUCCUAUGAGGAUCAACCAGAGUAUGAAGAUGAGGAUGAGGCCAUGGGUGACGAAAUCGACGAUGAGCACAAUGAAGUCAAUGGCGAUGCUGCGGAGAAUGGCUCCGCUGUCCCAGUGCUGGAACCCAACCUGAAAUCCGUCAAGGGCUAUCGAAGCAGGGCGCAAGCUUCCCCUAAGCUAUUCACCGAGUCAAGCACGGGCGCCAGCGCCCAGGAAAUGUUGCGCCCCCUUCGCAGUACCGCAGAUCGCGUCACGCGCCAGAUUGAGGCCUUCGCCGAGAAGCUGGAUCAGUUCAAGCGAAAGAACACCACCGAUGAAUUCCAGAACGUUCAGGCCGCCUACAAGCUGGUGGAGAGCUAUCGGGACUUCACGCAGAAUGCCAUGAACGAGCUCAACCGACAGCAAACCCUCAAGAAAGCCAAGUCAGGUUACCGGACAAGUACUGCGACCGACGAUACUCAGGCCGAAACCGAAGCGCAGCGCUUGCAGCUGCAGGUCGACACCUGGCGCCUGCUUCUCAAUCUGAUCAGCAUUGACGACCCUGCCAGUCGCGCCAGCUUCAAAGAAGGCCAGCGCGACGCCUUCCAGAAUCUCCACCGGUAUUCGUCGGAUCGUGAAAUUUGGGAGGAAUUCCUGAAUGCGGAUCAGUACGCGCUCGAGUGUGUGGUCUCCAUGCGCUGGCUGGAGGAGACUGCCAAGGCCGCGCCCCAGGAGAUUGACAACAUGAUCAAAGAACUGGAGGAUCAAGCUGAGCGAGGACAGGGUCUGUGGGCACAUGGCUGGCUGUUCACCAAGGAAGCGAUCAAGGGACACAAGCGACUCCGCGUUUGGCCGCAGCCUUUGGAACCGAAUGACCCUGCCAUUUCCCGCGCCCUUCUGAGCAAUGACACACAGGCCCCAUUGAUUACACAGUUAGAUCCCGAUGCUCUGACGCGACAGAAGCACAGCUUGCAGAAGCAGGAUGCAUGCUACGAGCGCGCUACAUGGAUGGCCUGCUGGAAGAUGCUUCGCCGGGGCGAGAAUUGGACAACUAUUCGCGAAUGGGCUCAAAGCCGUCUCGAGAGCUGGAGGGCCGUCAGUCUCUGCGGUUCUAGCGUGGAUGCGGCUACUGCCACCACGCGGACGCCGGUAGAUGAUGGAUUGACCCGUCUGAAGAAUAGUCGCUCCCAAGACUCGUGGCGUGCUGCUUGCCAUGCUUUGACCAAGGAUCCAAACACGUGUGACUACGAGAAAGCAGUUUACGCGCUUCUCUGCGGUGAGUCCGAGCCGGCAGCCAAGAUUUGCAAAACGUGGGAUGAUCAUCUCUACGUGUACUUUAAUCGCAUCGUCCUCGCCCGGUACCAGGGAUUCUGCCGACAGUUCCAACGCAAACUGAGCCAGUCGCCUGGUAUCCCUGUUGCAUUCAAGCCGGAGCCAGCCGGGCAUGCUGAUCUCCAGAAAUUCGUCGAAUAUCUGCGUGGUAACGAAGCGCUGAGCACCGAGGCACGCGAGCCAUUCCGCCAUAUCCAAGCUGCUAUCUUGACUAAGAGCUAUGAUACUUUCUUCCACCUGCUUUCUCAGGCGGUGUCUCAAGUCGGCGUCAAAAAACUUGGGGCCUCCUCCUACAUUCCAAACCUGGGGGUAUAUCACGUGGAUAAGGCAUUGGUCAUUGCGGCCGAAGACCUUGAUGCCGUGCAGAUGGCGACUCAUAUUUACGUGAUUGUCAAUUCGAUCGGAUACGCGCAUGGAGAUAGUCAAUUUUCGGAGGCAGCUUCUGUCAUUGUGGCCGGUUACAUUGCUUAUCUGCAGGACAAGUGCUUGCCUGACUUAUUCCCAUUGUACGCUGCUCUCCUACCAACGGAGAUGUGUAACAGCGUUCUCGCUAAGAUCCUGAUCGAUAUUGUGGAUUGGGACGCCAGGAAAUUCCAAAUUCGGACCAUGCAGAAACAUAGCAUUGACAUCAACGCUGUUCUCGAUGCACAAUGGUCGUGGCUUAGGAGCGGUGUUUCCUCCAUGGAGCACUCCGCUGGGCUGACUGGAUACUCUCGAGUCAGACGGUUACCGGAUGGUACUCGUGUCUUGAUGCCACCCAAGAAGGACCUCAUUGGGAACAGUGUCGCGCCCGAGGAUGAAAAGAUGAUUCGCAAUCUGGAGUGGCUCCGGUGCGUAGGUGGCCAGUGGUCUAAGAUCUGUACCCGCGGAAAGUGGUUGUACCGCCAGUUCUUUGUCGCUGGCAAACUUGCUGCUGCUCGCGAUCUUGGCCAUCGCAUCCGCAUGACGGAUAUUUCUCACGAAUCCUUCAAUGUGGAUGUUUUUGAGUUCCCGGAUCUGGCUCCAUCGCUAGAAGACGCACCUCUCAGCCCAGUCAAGUCCAAGCGGAGUCAUGCUCACCGACGCAGCCUGUCUAGCAGUAACGGUACCAUCACCAAGUCUCACCAGAGCGCCUAUCAACAAGCCGUUCAUAUGUGGAAUCUUGAGACAAUGGCUCUUGGCUUUGAUGCCCUAGAGCAAUUCGCCAUCGUAUACGACCAGUCUUCGAAGACCAAACGCCGGCGAGAUUCUGGUUCUGUCAGAGACUUCCAAGCCGAACUUGAGGCUCUGCUGCAGGAAAUCGAAUACAGCGUGGGACUGAUCGUUGAUGAGUGGCUUGUGAAAUCCGAGAUUGAGGAGGAAGAACGAGACUUUGAACACAUUCGCCGGACCUAUCUCCCCGAACUAAUCCUUGACUACCACAACGCCUUGUACUACGCCAGCCACUCUCUCGACAAGCCCAAUCUGCUCACCCAAUGCAUGACCGUGUCCAUCUGGGUCGCCAAUAAUGCCCACUUGACGCGUAGCUUCACCGAGGCGCAGCGCAUGUCCGAGCUCGUGGAUUGUUUUGCCUUGGCAAGCAAGGCGAUGGUCCUGACUGACCCGAAAAACGACCAGACCUUCCCGAAUGGGCAGACGUUGGGCAUCUGGCGGGUCAACGUCUCAGAGGAUGAUGAGGCUGCCCUGCUCCAGAACAGGGAGUAG